AUGGGGCGCUACUCGGGCAAGACCUGCCGCCUGAUCUUCAUGCUGGUGCUGACCGCCGGCUUCUUCGUGGCCGAGCUGGUCUCCGGCUACCUGGGCAACUCCAUCGCGCUGGUGUCGGACUCGUUCAACAUGCUGUCGGACCUCAUCUCGCUGUGCGUGGGCAUCGCCACCGGGCGCAUCGCCCGCCGCGCCCGCCGGGGCCCCGGCGCCACCUACGGCUACGGCCGCGCCGAGGCGGUGGGGGCGCUGAGCAACGCCGUCUUCCUCACCGCCCUCUGCUUCACCAUCCUGGUGGAGGCGGUGCUGCGCCUGGCCCGGCCCGAGCGCAUCGACGGCCCCGAGCUGGUGCUCAUCGUGGGGGCGCUGGGCCUGGCCGUCAACGUGGUGGGGCUGCUCAUCUUCCAGGACUGGGGCUCCUGCUGCAGCCGCCUGCAGCCCCGCGCCGCCACCCCAGAGCAGCUCCAGGCGGUGCCCGGCGCCGGGCGGGAGGAAGCGGCCGUGGUGGAGUGUCAGGAGGCUGUUGAAGCAGGUGAUUCCCUGAACACUCAGAAAAGGCCUGAAGAGCAGACAGUACAGAAAAAAGAGAAAAAGUCUGAAGCUUUGAACAUCAGAGGUGUUCUUUUACAUGUGAUGGGAGAUGCACUUGGAUCUGUGGUCGUGGUAGUUGCUGCUGCAAUAUUCUAUGCACUUCCCCUGGAUGCCAAUACUCCAUGUAACUGGCAGUGUUACAUUGAUCCAAGCCUGACGUUAGUUAUGGUGGUCAUCAUUUUGUCCUCUGCCUUCCCACUUAUCAAAGAAACCGCAACCAUUUUGCUGCAGAUGGUUCCCAAAGGUGUUAAUAUGCAAGGAUUGACGGAAAGACUAACUGAUGUGCCAGGGGUUAGCAGUCUUCAUGAGGUGCAUGUCUGGGAACUGGCAGGUGGGAAGAAUAUUGCUACCCUUCAUGUCAAGUGCCAAACCACUUCUGAUUACCAAGAUGUCUCUUAUAAAAUGCGGGAGGUUUUCCACGAAGCAGGGAUCCAUUCUGUAACCAUCCAACCGGAGUACAUUGACCACAAGGCCUCUGAGCUAAUAUGCAGCUCACCCUGUAUCUCAAAAGCUUGUGCUUCUCAGUUGUGUUGCCCUCAGCAGGAAGUUGCACUUAACCAUUAUCAUGAGUAUCUUGAGAGAAAUGGCCUUUCCCCAACACUGCAUAAAGACGAUAGUUUAAAUAAAAAUGGUGUUGAAAUUCUUAUUGAGCAUACAUUGGCAGGGGCUGUAAUUAAAAAUACAGACAAUUGUAAAAAAUCAGAUGACAAAUCAUAUUUACACAGUACACACUUUUAAAACUGUUAAUUUUACACUUCAUAAUCUCUGUAUAGAACAAAGCCUAAUGGCCAAAAAAGUCAGAGGCCAGUGGUUGGAGCUGAAGAGCGCGUUGGAAAAGCCAUCUCUGUUGUAGCUAUAAACCAAAACAUAUGUAAAAACCUGUUAUCUGAAAUAAGGAUUAUUAUCAUCUUAAUUUUUUGCAUUCACCUAAAAUAGUUAUUAUGCAAUUUAGCACUAAUUUCUUGAGCUGACUAGAUGGGACUUUUUACUGCAGUGUAGACCGAUGCUCGCAGUUUAUGGCCAAUGGCACUGGGAAUUAAACUCUGGUCUUUUUACUGAAAUGGGCUGCUUAAUGAAAGCCCUGUAGUGCAUUGAUGAUUCUACUGGAUUGAACUAUUGUAUCAUCAUUAAGGAAUUUAGUAAAUAUAUUUUUCACUAAUCCUUAAACUCAGUUUACAUAGUCAGGAAUUUUCAGUUGUAACUAUAACUCUUGUGCUUCUGAACUGUGAGCUUGUGAAUGAAAUCAAAGUGUCUGAUAGCUGGAAAACACACACAGGAAUGUUUGACUUUUAUUAUUUUCUGGACUGCCUCUUGUUUUGAGGGGAUGGAGCAGAAGCUGAUUUCUUGCUUCUCUAAUAAUAGUAUAUUAUAUUCUUAUUAUAUAGUAGUAUAUUUAUUUCUGCUUAGUGUAAAGAAUACACUUGCCGACAUUAAAGCACAGGAACAUUUGCUAAUUUUGUAUGAGGAUUGUAUCUACUCUAGUAAAUGGAAAUGUAGACACUCAUCCAAUUAAUUCUGUUUGUUCACCAUUUUGAUUGUAAAACUCAAUUUGUUUUGCUGACCAAAGUAUUUGUAAUAACUACACUGGGUCUAAUGUGUCAAGUUAGGUGGGAAUUACUGUGAUUUUUUUUAACAUACCAUAUCUUAGUUGUCAUUCAUAAUGAAUAAAUAAGCUAGUGUUACCUAUUCAUGAAUAGCUUUGAUUCUGCAAUUCCAUUCUUUUCAGUAAGACACAGUUCAACCUUUUGUUUGUUAAGAAAGUUCCUUAAAAUUUGAUAUACAAUUUUUAUGCUUAAAGGGAACUUUUUAAAAACUAUGCCAGUUUAUUGCCUUGAUUUUAUCACGGUAGCUUCUUUGGGUUCAUUUUAAAGGUUUUAAGCUUCCCACCCUCCCCCACAGAGGUAUAUUUCAAAACAUUAUGUUAUGUGCACAAAUUCCACUACCACUAGGAAAUAUAGCCUCCUAGUUAUGUUUUUAGAAUCCAUUCUCAGGUGCUUCGAGGAAAAACAAGACACCUCACCCUAGUACCAGGGUUGGGCUUAGGCCUGGGCCGAGUCUACUUUUCCAAGAGGGAACACUAGAACCUACCUACCCUGGCUGAGAACGCCACUUGACCUCGCCUUGUUAGGCAGCUCAGCUCUACCAGUGCUCACAAUCAGAACCUUCAGAAUGUGUUCAUUGUCAAAAACAGCCUUUCAAUAUCUUACUCACCCAGGGUACGCUCCCUAUUUAUUUGGUGCCCCAUAAUUCAGCAUCACCUUGUGAGGAUGGGCAAAGAGAUUCUGUGCCUGGGCUGCUAAAUUUCCAGGACCCAUAGGUUAGGCUGGUUUGAAAGUAGCAAAGCCAUAGUUAGUACAGCCAAUUACAUCCUCUUAAAAUAAUCUUAAGGCCAAAACUUAAUAAAGCAUACAGCCGGUUUCUCAUUGCUUGAGAAUUUCCAUUUUCUGAAGGAGCCAUUGAAAUCAACAUAGCCAGUAAUACCCAUUUAAGAUCUAUAUUUAUCCUCUUUAAACAGGUUUUAUCUCUUGGGUAAAUAGAUCUAUUUUUAUUAUAUAGAUUAAAUUGUAUGUUGCUAUUGCAGGCUUUUUGACCCAGUCAUCCCAUUGACAUCAGUUGGAGGUUUGGGUGUAAGGACCGCAGAGUCCUGCUGUAAGGGUGUUGCACAAAAUGACAAGUCAGGAAACAACAUCUUUUUAUACUGCUCUGCCUUUUAAAAGACUAUGGCAUGAGCUUAAGACCGCCCUUGCUUCUGUUGGGUUGGUAUAUAACUAUGGUGUUAUUUAAAUGUAGUUUCCUUUGUAUCUAAUUUAUUUAUAUUUCCUUUUGAGAAUUAAAGAAGAAAUGGCAAAAUCUUUCCCCGAAAAUCAUAAGUAUUAGUAUGAUGGAACUUUAAAAAAAAAAAAAAAUCACACCUUCACACUUGGGUACAUACGUCUUAAAUCAGGUUGCCGUGUUUUGUAUUAAGUUUGAAAGAUUGGUUGUCAGUAUUGUUUAUUACUCUGGAAUUACAAAAAACUAAUAAGUGUGUAAUGCCUUGAUGUUUGCUUAUAUAGACCAUCUUCUUUCCCUUUCCCCCCCUCCAAUGUUUGAUAAAGUGGUGGUUACCUACUUCUCAGGUUCUUUAAAGUAUUGUAACCUGAAUGUAUAGUGAAGUAAUUCUCUUCUACUUGUAUGCUUAUCUGUUAAUAUUAAUAUACUUUAUCUGUGACCUAUGAAUAGAUAAGCAAAUAGCAGGGACUAUAGAAAUCUUCAGGUACAGAAAUCAAAUAGCUUCAGACUUUGCUUCAUUGUACUAAAUCUGUUUACAUUACUUAAAAGCAUUUAAUUAUGAAGAUGGGCCUUGCCUUCUCUCUGUAGGGAAGAAGAGCACUUUCAGGAUAGUAACAGGACAGGAAACCUGGUAGGAUCAAGUCUCUGCCUUUAUUUAGGAUUGUGCUACACAACACUUUCUUCCUCAACAUACUUUUCUUAAGUCCAUUACAAAACUAGUUAUACUGGUUGGUUGUAUUGCUCCUCUUUCUGAUAUACUCCAUUCUACCCGUUAGGUAUUUGACAUGAAGAGAUUUCCCUUGAAUUCCCAUGGUGUCUCUUAACUCUCUUGAAAUUUGCUUACCCCAUUGUUUCAGUAUUUUAUUCAUCCUUAUCCACAGACCCUUGUUCUGAGUCAUAGAUUGUAGCUUAGCACAUUUUGGCAUACAUUCCAUUCUGGUUUCUUUAAUUCCAUUACAUUUUUCUGCAUUCAGUUACCUAAAUCUCCUAUCUGCCUGUUCUUCCAGGCCCAUCUCAAUGUUGGGUGCUAUGCUCAGCCCUUCCCACACCAGAUUGGCCUCCUCAGAACCUCUCUCAACAUUCCUCCUUUCAGUUUGUCAUAGUUGCCUAUAGUGAAUGAAAUCUGUUUAAAAUAUGGAUGACAUUUAACUAGUCAUCCAUCUCCUUCCUCCUGAACUGCUUUCAACUUAUAAGCACCCUCUGGACUUGAUAGAUAAGCUAGUUCUUUAUCCCCUUACCCAGCUCACCCUGGUGCCAUAUUUAUUUGUUGGAUUUGCAGAUCAGUCUUUUGGGGCCAGAUCUUCAACUUAGUAUAACUCCAUUGACUUCAAUGGAACUAUGCUCAGAUUUCCUAGCUGAGGAUCUGUCCCAAAAGUCUAAGUGAAUUCAAGUUCUCAGUCUUCUGUGUUCUCUUUCUGAUCACAGUCAUACUGAUUAUAUUUGUAUUUUUUUUCUUUCUCACAAUAAUUUUUCUAUACUUGUUUGUCAUCUUGCCCCCAUUUUUCUUUGUAAAGAGUUAGAGAGGGAAUUCAGUUAACUUAUUCUUAGCAGUGUCUCCAUUGUGUUACUGAAUUUUCAUCUGAUCUCUUGCUCUUUAUUUUCUCUAGGAAGAUACUUGAUCUCUUGUGCAGCCAUUUUUCAUUCUCUUUGACUUUGAUAGUUCAUUCUUUAUGGUCUGCAUUUCCUUACACACAACCACACAACCUUUUUUUUUUUUUUUUUUGUACUGUCUAGUUCUUCUCCUGUACCUGUUUUACAACUUGCAUGUGCCUCUUUCAUUCCCCGAUUUAACUUUUGCACUCCUCACUCAUUCAGAUUGACCUUUUCUUGCCGUCUCCUCCUUUGUGUUUGUUGCUAGAUGAGAUACAAAACCAUUGCAAAUUAAUCUUUGAACGUUUUAAAUUCUGUCUGCUGUCAGGAUCUUUUGUAUUUCUGCCCUUUCCUAUUUGAUUACACCAUUCCCUUUCUCAACAGUCCAGUGUCUUCCAAACACUUUUUUCCCUGGAAUUCAGCCUUCUUUUUUCCCUAUCUUUGAGUUUUCUAUAGUUCUAACUACAAGACUAAAUAACAGUGGUCUUUGUUAUUUUUUAGGCUGCUAUCAUCUGAUCAUCCCCCCAUGUGGAUGAUUUCACGCUGCUAUGAAUAAUUUGAGUUCUUCACAAAUAGUCCAGCUUUUUUUUUUUUUUUUAAAUGGCUCUUUUGUGACCAUGAGAGGAUAAAAUUAAAUCAAUAAGGUUUCACAGGAGUUACUUCAAGGAAGAGUUUGACCAUUGAUUUUUCACAUGUGAAAGGAACAAGUUGCAGAAGUGUUUAUCAAACUGUUAUGAAGAUUUCUAUAGAACCUACUUACUAUGCAGUCUGAAUUAUGUGUCAUGUAUAGUGGAUGCACCUGCAAGUGAUAAAUGCUUUAUUUUGGACUGUGAUGCCUUAUAUGAGGAUUUCACUGUAAGGUUUUGUUACAAGGUUGGAGUUAUGUUGCUUAAAAACUUGCAUUUUCUGCCUUUAUACUGUAUAUGAUUUGAAUAAUGUACCAUAAUAUAAUUUCCUUGAUCAUUGAAAUCCCUGAAUUGUAAACUUCAGUCAUUUUAUUAACUGUUAAUAAGAGAUUUCUUAAUGUGUUAUGUACAUUUAUAUUAUUUUCAAAGUAAAGAAAAU